AUGUCAGCAGAGUUCACAAGAUUCCUUUGCAACUCACCAUUGGAGGCAGAGCACCCUCCUAAUGGGCCAGAGUGUGGUUAUGGCUCCUUUCACCAGCAGUACUGGCUCGAUGGGAAGAUUAUUGCUGUGGGAGUGAUAGACAUUCUCCCAUACUGUGUGUCUUCUGUGUAUCUGUACUAUGAUCCUGAUUAUUCAUUUCUAUCUUUGGGUGUGUAUUCAGCAUUAAGAGAAAUUGCUUUUACUCGACAACUGCAUGAGAAAACAUCACAGCUCAGCUAUUAUUAUAUGGGUUUCUAUAUCCACUCCUGUCCCAAGAUGAGAUACAAGGGUCAGUAUAGACCUUCUGAUUUGCUGUGUCCUGAGACGUAUGUGUGGGUACCCAUUGAGCAGUGCCUGCCUUCUCUUGACAACUCCAAGUACUGUCGUUUCAACCAGGACCCACAAGCAGAGGAUGAAGGGCGUUGUAAGGACCUUGACCGAGUACGGGUGUUUUAUAGACGAUCCGCCAUGCCUUUUGGUGUUUUUAAGAACCAGCACAAUGACCCAAGUGAAGAGCCUGCUGUGCUGGAGUAUGCAAACCUUGUGGGGCAGAAGUGCUCGGAGAGGAUGCUUCUGUUCAGAAACUGAAGGCCUGCACCACAGCCCAGCUCCAGCCCCGGCUCUCCUGCCACAGUCCUGCCUGUGUCUUGGCUCCUGCAGCCGCUCACCAAGUACAUUCAUAGAGCUUUUUAAAAAUAUUUUGUGGAAUUGUAUUUAUGAGAAUCUUGUGGUUAAUAUAAAGAUUUUAAAAUACUCUAUGAUGUAGUCCCUUAAUUGGGACUUGUCCUUUUGGAGUUUGCUUCUGGAGCAAAGUGUGCUAAAAAUGACUCCAGUAAAUAUUUUAGGAAGGAAAGUAAAGAUGUGAAUCUAAGUAAUUUACUCACAGUUACUGUUUUUGUCUUAGAGAAAUUUUAACACAGAGACUGUUCACUUAGAACAGUGGUUCUCAACCUGUGGGUUGUGAUGCCCAUGGGGGUGGAUUAGAUAGCCUGCAUAUCCGAUUCAUUACAAUUCAUAGCCGUAGCAGAAUUACAGUUAUGAAGUAGCAACAAAAUAAUUCUAUGGUUGGGGGUCGCCACAACAUGAGGAAUUUUAUUAAAGAAUCACAGCAUUAGGAAGGUUGAGAACCACUGUCUAUGACCCAUGCGAAGGCAUUAGCAUAUGCUGAGCAAUUUAGGUGGGGUCAAAGGUGAAGAGCAUGUUCCAUCACCCGGGAAAUUUCUUUCCCUACAAACCAAAACUCUAUUACUCUGUUCGAUACUAAAUUCUACCAGUGUUAUUGUGUGCCCUUAAUGUACAACCUGAGAAGGAAGUGCAAGGAUUGCAAACAUCAGGUGUUCACUUUGGGUGUCUGUCCAGGAUGGUCCUGCAUAUGUCUGUUGUCUUGGCAUAAUUGUGUUCCCUGUUGCUAGUGUUUCCUUGUGCCCCCAGAGUUAGCUCAGUUUGGAUGAUAAAAUAUGCAGUGACCUUAGUGGUGUUUGUUCUAUUUCUACAUAUCUAAGAAACAACAUUUUAAAGAAACGUGGUUACCCUUGCUUGAUCUGAGACUUAUCCAAAGAAAAUAGGUUCCUACUUUCCAUUCUCUGGAACUCAGGAUGCUCUUCUGUGGUUAGUGAUAGAAGUGGUUAGUAUUUAACUAGUCCUGCAACUAUGCACAAGCCAUAGUGAAGCUUGUGGGGCCUAUAGCCUCUGCAUUCCUCUGAUUCUCUGUGGGUCAGAGAACAGGCGCUGCCAUUGGUACUUUAACAUGGGAGGCUGGCCACUCUUUCACUCUUGUGCUGUUGGGCCUUUUGCCUAUUCACCAAAUGCCUGCUGUCAAAGUGGCAGGCAGCUAGCUGGUUAAAGACCACGUCAGACAUGGGAGGUGAGGCUGCUCUCAAGUUGUUGGAAGCUGGGUGAACAUAUUAGCUCUUUGUUUGUACUCAUUCUCAGCUGGUCCCUUCUGCUGCUACCUACUUGGCCAACAAGUCUUUCAGCCUCAUCCUUCUUUCUUCUAUUGAUUGGUACCCUUAAAGCCAUGUUGUAUCACUUAGUUUGAGUCCCGAUACUCAUUUUAAACUUACCCAAAUGCACUACACUACACUUUAAUAAAACAUUAAAUAGUAAUCUGCAGCUAGUUAGAAUAAAAGGAUAAUAAGAGGUUUUAAAAAUUAGUACAUCCACAUAAACUAUAACAUGGAGGGGGAAUGAACUUCUCUGUGACAUGUUCUUUGCUACCAGGGAUAAAGAUGGAAGAAAGCCAUUUUCUGAUUGCUAAGGUCCUACAUUCCUCUAGAGUUGUGACCUAUAAAAUAAUCUGAGGACGUGUAAGAGAGCCAGAUUGGAACUCUCUAGAGCACCCCCCCCCCUAAAGUGAGGUAGUGCUAAUUUAUUUCUUUUUUAUAAAAAAUUAUUCCAAUAGUAAGUUCCUGCAGUGUUUACAGGAAAAUGGUUCACUGUCCCUGUUUUUAUACUGAUAAGCCUGUCAUAGGUGGCUUCAGUGAGGCUGCAGAGCAACUUGGGCACGAAAAUUCUUCAAAAUUUUUGCUGUGUUCUCCUUCCCUCUCUUCCCCCUUUCUUCUCUUGUGUCCUCUCUUCCUCCCUUCCACUCUCUUCCCUUCCUUCUCCCUCCCCUCUCCUUCUUCCCUCUGUCUUCCCCCACAGUCUAUUUUUUUAAUAGUAUGGAAUCCUACAGAUCUAGAUGUUGUCAAAGAUAUCUACUUGGGUGGGGCUGAGGCGAUAACUCAGCUCAGUGCCUGCCUGGCAAAGCUUGAAGACCUGCCUGAGUUGAGUUCUUUAGAACCAGGGGUCUGCUAGUGUGUGUUUGAAAUGCCAUCACUGGAGAAUCAGUAGAGGAACACACCUAGGGUCCACUGGCCAGCAGCCUAGCCUCUGAGUCAGCAUCAAGCUACUGAGAGACCCUGACUAAAAGGAGGUAGACUAGCCUCUACACAUGGGUUAAAAAAAAAAAAAUGCUUGCUUAUACUUUGAGCUCUUGAGUGUCUACUGCAGCUAGAAUAGUACAGUCAAGAAAAGUAUCCCAAAUUUGCGUUUUGCAAAGUCUAGCUGAAAUACCUGAUUCAGUGUCACUGGCUUUUAUCUGAAGGAAGACAUGGAAGGAAGCCUUUCAGAGACACUUUUAUCUUCUUCAGGCAGGAAGCUAUGCAUGUUGCUUUAGUCCUCUUCUGAGUUCAGGCAGAUUCACACCUCCCUCGGUGCCUGACAGCACAGGUGUCAUUUUGAUUCUCAGUGUACCAUCUUUAUUUAAAUUAUUUUCAGUUCUCUGAGACUUUUGUGAUUUUUAUUACAGGUAAUCUGAGCACUUUUUGUAUUUUAAGAUAGAGGCUAUAUUAUCAGAUGAAUAUAUUCACUCAAUUGAAAUUAUUUAGAUAAAAGAAAUUAUUGUUUAUAUUUUCUUUUGAGCAGUCUUAUUUUUAUCCAUUUGCAAAUGCAUGUUUUGUGUGGUUUCUUAGCAUAUCAAAAUUAUGUAGAAGAACCUUUCCAGCUUUCUGAACAGCAAAUAGUUUGGUUUAUUAAUAUUUUAUUAUUUCAGUAUGAAUAAAAGUGAGAGAGAAUAUGAACCCUUAACCAAAAUGUUUCUACUGUGGCUGACUUAAGAGAAGGAAAUCAGUGGGGACUUGAUACGUUUGAAUUACAAAUUAUUUAAAUGUGUGUUCCUUUCUUAAGGAAAUCAACUGACAAUAUAAGUUUUAUUGUAUUGGAUAUUUUUGUUCUUGUAAAAAAAAAAAAAGCCCAAAAAAAUAAUAAUAAAAAAGCUCUUUCUAUCUGCA